GAUUGUCCUUGUUCUCAGUGUUUCUCUGUGAACCAGCAGUGAGAGAACAGCUGUGGUUUCACUGAGUCCAUUUUUCAGAAAGGGAGCGUUAAAAAAAAAAAGCCAUUAUCUGCUAUUUGGUAAUGCACUUUACAGUACACUGAUGAUCAGCCUUUGUCUGUCAGUGAACCAACAACCCUUUUUGUUUGUGUCUAAGAGGUUUAAUUGUAUUACCAGGUUUCAGAUUUAAGACUGUGACGUGCGUCUCUGGCUCCAUCAAUAGGUCUAAAUGUGUCAUUUCAAGACUUUGUGGUUCAGAUCACUUCACCCGUGUACGUAUGAUGUCGGGUGAGUUCACAAACCUCAGGCUUUUUUCAGGAAAAGGAUUUUAUUGGCCAUAUUAAACAGCCAAACAUUUGUAAAAUAAUAGUAAUAAUAGUAAUAACAAUAACAGGUACAUGUUGUACAUUUGUACCCGGGUUUAAAGUUCUCUGUUCUCUGAUAAUAAUUACUGGAAAACAAGCUAAUAGUUCUAUUUUGUCAUGAACAAUCUCAUUCCCGUAUUAUACUGUUAGACGGUUCCUGUUUUUGUUUUGUUUUUUUACAUUUCAUGUAGGGCUCUAGAACCAGCAUGAGUGAACAGAAGUCAAAUAGAGCGCCCCCUUUCUCUGCACUACCUUGUGAUUUAAAUGGGAAAAUCUCACCAUCAUGCAGAUUUAGUUAAGAGGCUUUAAAAAGGUCACAGAAGAUUGUGUUUUUACGGCAUAUGCAUGGGUUAGUCAAACAGUUCCAAGACUGGUGAUAGAAUUUCACUAGAGUCAGAUUUGAAUAAUUAAAACAUGUGAAGAUUCAUCGCUAAGACGUCUGAACGGCUCGGACCAGUUUUACCACCAUACAUAUAUAAACAGAGCUCGUUUUAUUUGACUGUUUUUUUAGCCCUAACUUAAAAGGACUCUUGUUAAAACAAGCUACAAUUAACAGAUAUUUUUUGCAUUUUUUUCUAAAAGGCAUAAAAGCAGGAUGUGGCCUGGUGUGAGAGACACCACCCAGAAAUCCACAAAGACGGAAUUCCGUAAUAAAAGGAAGGCUGACAGUGUUUAGACUUAAAUGGAAAAGAUGUUGAGAAAAAGAUUCAUUAUUGUCCUAAAUUUAAAAAAGUAUUUAAAAUCCUUAGGACUUUUUUGUCUUCCCAUUGUUAAAGUUUAUACACUAAAAAUUCAAAACACUGGUUUUUUUUUUACUAUUCCAGCUUUAGGUUGUUUGUUUUUUUGGGGUUUUUUUUAUCAGAAUGACAAAGCAGAAGCAGUGGUGAGGUUGAGGCAUCCUUCGGAGGAAGUGAUCAUUUCUGCAGUUCUAAAAAUACCGUCUUGAGCUUGAAGUGAAAGCUCAGUUACAGGAAUGUCUUUGGUCAGACGAUGUCACUGAAUCCCAAGGAACAAACUUUGUAAUAAAAGUCCUCUAAGAAACAUGAGGCUCUCCGGGCUCACAGCAGACUCUACAAAAACAAACAAGAGCCGAUGUGUAGAUAAAACAUAUGGGAAAGAUGAUGUUUCACAGGGAAAAGGAAAGAUUUAUUUAUAUUUGUCACACUAUAAAGUCUGAUGUGUAAAAAUAGAGGAGGUUUGGAGCCUUGCAUAAUCAAAAACCAUUCAAAAACAAGUCCAAUUUAAGAUUUUUUUCUCUGAAUGGAUGAACUUUAUCGGGUCCUUAUUUUUAAUGUUUUUCACCACUGCACCUUCUUUAAUUCCCUGCACCAAAAUUCUCUCCUUCAGCUGGUAAAAAAAGCACAAAUUCCAAGUAUAAUCUCUCAGCACAAUGAAAUUCACAAGAUGUUAAAGCCAAAUACAGACGUUUAAAUUCCGAGACUCGUCAUGUUAUGAAACUCCUCCUUAGAACCAACACGCGUCUGUUUGCUGCCUGUUCUGUGUCUGAGGAAACGUUUGUUCUGUAGAGUUUGGUUCUUUGUACCAUUUGACUUUGUAGAAUGUUGGUUUUCCUAUUCAUUAUCGCAUGUAGCAUCGGUAGGACCUUCGUCACUCUGAGCUUGUAAAUAUCAACUGAGAUAAUGUAGGGAGAGAAGUCUACGAAUUAUUUAAAGCAUUUUUUUCUGACUGAAGCUUAAUAAAUGAAGAUACUACAGAGUUGAACCAGUGGAGUCUAUUUUAUUACCUGUCUAUUGUUGUGUGUCUUUCACUAAAUGCUAAAAACAGAAACGUCCUCAUAAGGACGAAGUGGAGCCGCGUGAUAUAUAGAACAACAGCACACUCUAGCGGUGUGUUUCUUACAGUGACAGAGUCACGGUAUUCUGUCUAACAUUGCACAAAAAAUGUAAAUAUACAGUAUUUACUCAACCUGUCUGAUUGUGCUUUAGCCAAAAGGAACAAAAAAUGUAUCCCAUCCCAAAAAACAAAUCAACUCAUAAACAAAAAGCUUUUGCAAAGUUAAACUAUGUGCAGUUAAUAUUUGAUUUUUAAAGAUAAAAACAGUUAGAAGGUCUAUUUAUCCAAGGUUAGUUUUUUCUUUCUGUUUAUCCAGUAACUAUUCUUGGUUUCCGUGUGCAGAUUAUGAAUUAUGAAGUGUUGACAUCCGGCUGUGACAACACCAUUAAAAUGUACAUUUAUAAAAUGCCACCUGAUGUGGUUGAGGUUUUUUUUUUUUUUUUUAAGGGAAUGAACCGUUGACUGCAGGAAUAGCUCACAGAAGCAGAUGACAGAUUACCAUGUGUUGUGUGACACAUGGUCAUAACUACAUCAGGACCAUGUGUUGGCGAGGAUUACACAACAGCCGGUGCCUGACAUUACUCUGAGAUGUUUUUUUUAAGAGACAGAACCCAUCUUUAAAUUCUCCUUUUCACCUGAUCUGAAUUAUGAAAUCCUGAAGGUCAAGAACCAAUCGGAAAAACUGUGAAUUAUUUCAUGUAGCGAAAAGAAAACAAUGUCAGGAAUUGGAGAUUUGUGCACAUGUGCUAAGUAGUUUAUCAACUUAACAUUUCAGUAAGAUGGAUAAGCCACUUCACAACAGGGAUCACAAAUAACUUUCUGCAGAUGAAAGGAAUGUCCACAUGACACGUGAUCAGUCUAUAAUUAAAUACUGGACACAAAUGUCCUGUAGGGGAAGUAAAAACGACAGAAUGAAAAGGCAAAUGUACACUGACUUUAGAAUAUGUGCAGUAUUUAAAUACAGGAGAUGAGAGGAGAAGAGAAGAGAAGAGAUACGAUACGUUACGAUACGAUAACACACGAUACAAUACGAUAUCAUAUAACACAUUACAAUGAAAACACCAUACAAGAGCAAAAUAUUUUUUAAAUACGGUACCGUUAACACCAGAGUUAAUACAUAAGAUAAUCAUGUGAUAGUAGAUAUCCAAACAAAUACGUCCAGGGAGUGGAUUUAAGAGAUAACAGCGUGAACCUCUAUUUGUUUUCUGUAUAUUUACUGCUGAUACUAUAGUAAUAUUUGGUAUACUACUGUAUACUCCGUAAUGUUAGGAUUUUUAAAAAAAUCUAUAUCUAAAUCAUGCUUACUAGCUCUUUUACUAGCUUAAAAGUUUGUAUGCGAACAUGUAGCACAAGGCUAACGCCGCGUGUUAAGACAAAAUAAAGCAAAGUUCGUGUGUUUUUCAUUUCUUAUAACCAGUGUCAUGUUAACCGCCAGUGUUUCCAAACAUUUUUGUUCACUUUAUGUCACACAAACUUAGUUAAAAAGUUGAAAUAGUGACGUACGUCGCAGAGCUCACCUUUUCUGUAGUCGCUUAUAUUCGCCAUACAUAGAGUAGUACUACCGGAUUGUACAGUGAACAUUCUCACCUGCCGAAAUAGCUCAGUUGGGAGAGCGUCAGACUGAAGAUCUGAAGGUCCCUGGUUCAAUCCCGGGUUUCGGCAUUUUGUUUCCCAUCGGUGUUCGUUCGUUCUUACAAGAAUGUUUGUCUGUUGUGAACUUCGUUAGAGGAUUACUAACUCAAAAGUGACUAAUAAAACCCAGUCAGAAAGUUAGUUGUUAAAAGACUUCUCUGAAAUGGACAGUCGUGGACUAAACAAAAACUUGAUGCUGAAUUCAACACCUUUAAGUCAGAUUGAAUGUUUUAAUGUUCCUGUAUGCUAGGAGAACAACAACUCUUUUUCUUUCUGUAUUUUUUAUUAUGAUAGUUUGUGUUCUUGACAAACAAGGAAGAGGUCUUCAAUGUAUUUCCAGAGCAGGAUCCUUAAACUGAGGCAGGGACUCUCUCCCAAAGUAGGAAUCGACUUCGGUGCUAUUGGUGCUACGAUACCCAGGUUCAGAUAUUGGUAUUUUUUAACAUUUGCAAGGUAUAAUAAGUGGGGUUUAUAAUUUACAGUUCUAUGAUUAUCACUCCAUACAACUGUCCCGUGAUCAGAAAUUGCCGUAUCCCCCUGCAGUACCUGCGCAGACCCCAUGGAGUUUGAAGAGCCCCGUAGGAAAAAGACAGAAUUAUACAUCCAUACAGUGAACACAUCUGAUUCACAGAGUCCAUGUUGGUAAAUAUAAAACCUGGUCUGGUUUUAUAGUCUUAGGACCUGCUGCAUUAAUCCUCACUACAGUGUGUCAAAGUGUCUUACAGUCAGUCCUCCUCAUUCAUCAGACCACCAUAAGUCGACCUCCUAAUCCCUCACUCUGUUGUUAUAUAAACCGCCCGUGCACUUCACGUCACGCAGACACACAUCCACUCCACAGCUUGGCUCUCUGCCCGUGAGGGUAUUUAGUUCUUGCAGGGCACGGAGGGACAGGCAGCAUCAUGAUCGUUCUGGUGGACCUCCUGCUGAUGCUCAUCGACCUGACCGUCUCCAUCGUGACGGCGGUGAUCCAGACUUUCCUGCAACCGCGGCGCGAAGGGGAGCUGUGUCUGAUCACGGGGUCCGGGGGCGCGCUGGGUCGCCACUUUGCCCUGGAGUUCGCCAAGGAGGGCGCGCACCUGGUGCUGUGGGACUGCAACACCGCAGCCAACGAGCAAACGGCCCGGCUGGCGCGGGAGACGGGAGUAGAGGUGCACGCGUACACCGUGGACCUGUCCGAGCGCAAGAACAUCUACGAGACGGCGGCCAGGGUGAGAGCGGAGGUCGGGGAGGUCUCCAUACUGGUCAACAACGCCGGAGUGGUGGCCGGGCGGAGGCUGCUGGACUGUCCUGACGAGAUCCUGGAGAGGACUCUGCUGGUCAACUGUCAUGCACUUUUUUGGAUGACGAAAGCCUUCCUGCCUCAGAUGAAAGCAAACAACCACGGUCACAUCGUUACCGUGGCCAGCGCUCUUGGACUCUUCAGCACCGCAUGUGUCGAGGAUUACUGUGCGAGUAAAUUUGGAGCCGUCGGUUUCCACGAGUCGCUGACUCACGAACUGAUGGCAGAAAACAUAGAGGGUGUAAAAACAACUCUCGUGUGUCCUUACCUCAUCGACACGGGGAUGUUCGCAGGCUGUGAAAUCAGGAAGGAGCUGAAGAGUCUAAUCCCUCCUCUUCAGCCUCUCUACACCGUCCAACAGUCCAUGAAGGCCAUUCUCGCCGAACAACAGAUGAUCUGCAUCCCUCGGAUCAUGUACAUCCCCUUCCUGGCCCGAGCGCUGUUACCCUGGGAGGCAAAUGUGGUGACGUAUCGCUUCAUGGGUGGAGACAAGUGUAUGCUACCUUUCAUUAAGCACGUUGAAACAAAAACCGCUAACGGCCACAUCACGACCUCCUGACCUGCCUUCAGUGAUGGACCGACCUUGACCCGAACACUGUUUGUUUCGUUGUUGUUGUGAAAAUUAGCAAUAAAGACAUAAUAACUGCCAACUUGACGGUCGGUUAGUUUCAUAAUCACCCAAAAAUAUAAACAAGUGCAUCCCUUUUUUAUUCACAUUAACAAACAGUGCUGAAACAUAAGACUAGACAAACAUCUACACGGGGGAAACAAAGAAAAAUAAUUAGGGCUGAGUUAGACUGGUAUCCAUAAAAAGCAAUGAGUCACACACA